UCCGUCAUUAACUCCAUUUCCCAUAAGGCACCGCGGCCUUUUAACGUCAUUAAUGUGCGCAUAGCUGAGGUGGCGUUUGAGAAGAGGUUGUUCUGUGGCUGCUCCCCUGAAAUCCCGUCGGCAGCUUUCAUCAUGACCAAACUUCUGCAGUGGCUGUUCGGUGUGUCGCUGCUGGGCGCACUCUGGGCUUUGGUCACUUUUGACCUGUUGGACCUGAGCCUCCCGCAGACUUACAGAGAGGUCGCCUGGCCGAUGCCUUUCUACCUGCUGAUUUCAUUUGGCUGCUACUCUCUGGCCACUGUGGGAUACAGGGUGGCCACCUUCAAUGACUGUGAGGAGGCGGCGAAAGAGCUACAGGAGCAAAUAAAAGAAGCCAAAGAGGACUUAAGGAGAAAAGGUUUAAAAAUGUAGAGAUUAAAAGGGCACUAUGUGUAAACUUCUGGGACUGAGAGGAGAAAAGCACGGACUAUUGUCUUAUGCACAUAGUGUGUAUUCCUGAAAAAAAGGGUCUUGUUUUGGAGACAUCUUCCUGAACAUCAGGAGUCUCAUUCACGACUGUGUUUUAUCAAUUGGCUGUUUAUCCAGUAUGUUUCAGAAAAUGAGGAAAGAGCCACACUGAUACAUUUUUUGUUUUUUAAAUUUCGAAAUGUAUAACUUUUACUAAGCCAAUCCACAUUACCUCAGCAUCGCAGGACUCUUAGUUAAAAACUGCAGGACAUGCAGAAACAUUUUGGAAGUGAUGACGCAAAAGCCAGCAGUUGCUUUCUGAUUGGGCCACAAAAGUUAAGCCAAAACAUGUCAAAGCUUGACUCUGUUCUCCAAAGCCACGGCUUCUGCCUUUGAUGGAUAAUACCUGGCUUUCUUAUGCUUUUGCAUUAUAUUCAGUCACACUUACACCUGAUUGUAGGUCCAACUAAAGCAAUCUUUGGGCUUUCUUUAUGUCAUUGCUGUUAUUCCUCUGUAGUAAUUUCACCCUUCUGAUUGGUACCCUUGCCCAGCGUGUGUAAUUGGCACUUAAUGUAGACGUAGAUCAUCUCUAAAACUGCUUAUUCAGUCAAAGUCAAAGCUCUUUAAAUUAAAAUGCAUUACUGUGGCUGAAGCCCGAGAAAUGAAUGGUUUAAUGAAUGUUUUUCUGGUUAACUCAUAAAUGUCAAGAACGGAGGGGGAAAGGGUUUUGUAGCAGAGUUUAUAUCCAGCAUCAUUUUUGCUCUAAUCUGUUUGUGUAAUGUGGUUUGACUGAUUAGCACAUCUUACACCAGAAAGAAAGUCCAGUGAACACACAUGGUGGUGUCUUUGGCUGUUAACUCCAUACAGUUGCUUUCAUGUUACUCUUUAUGCUAAAUUAUCAUCUGUACACAGUUGCUGUUCACUGUAAUGCCAACAAACGCUCGCAUUGCACCAAUCUGAUUAAAGACCGCUUCCACUGGGAAAUCUCAGAUGCUUUCAAUCAGCCUCGGCUCCAGAGUAGCGCAGCACAUGCUGGACCUUGUUGUGUUCGUCUGGAGAUUGUUGCUUGUCGCUGUAGGUGGAUUAGAUUUUAUCUGUAAAGGAAUGUACAUUCCAUUGUCCAGUUUGAGAGUUGUACCCUGAAGGUAACGCUGAGAAUUCAUUAAAUCUAUUUUCCUCA